CAGUCGUCACGUAUGUUAUCUCUGGUUUGUCAUUGUUAUUGUCUGUGUUUAAUGUUGUGAUUGGAUGACACUGUGCUGUAAGGAAAUGUCUCACCGACUGGAGAAAGACUCAACACGUUGUUUGACAUGCAGUUGACAAACUGUUAUAGAAUGACACUCACGUCUGUAGCAGAACAUAUUCCGCAGUAUGGCUUUCGAGUCGGGGGUUUAUGCCGUAUUGCAAUAGGAAAAGAAGUGCAUUGCCUGAGUCAUGUUAAGACUCUCCCGAAUUCUGUUAUUGGUGUGUGGGGUACUAAUCAUAGUACCCCUUAUAACACACUACUUUCUAUCAAAGGUCGAGAGCAAUGCACCAAAUGGCGAUGUACAUAGAACCCGCUCUCAGUUGGAAGCUUUUGAGGAUUUCAGCACAAUGAAAGCUUCUGAUUUAAAGUUGAGGAUUGAAGAAAUGUUGAGGAUAAAAGGUUCGGUCAGCGCAGAACUUAGAGAUUUAGAAUCUCGACGUCAAAAGCUACAGGUUGAGGUUGUCAGCCUUACGCAGAAGAUCGAUGAAUUGAAGCAAGAACUUCACCAUGAACAGACUGAACUUGAGAGAUUAAAAAUGUCAGUGGAGCAGGCUCAAGUUUCUCACCGUGAAGCAGUGCAGAGGAACACUCCAGAACUGGCACUUCCAGGACGUCUCUUGCCAGACAUGCUUCCAGAACACCUCCCAGCCAUUCCUCCAGAAUCAAUUCAUUUAUGUCAGAUGCAUAAUUGUUUUGAUCACUCUCGAUGUUCUUUAGUGUCAGGUUUUCCAGUGUUUCUGUAUGAUCCAGAUAAGUUUCCUAUAGCCAGUGCUGGCUGGGAAGUUGAGGGAUUUGUGAAGACAACACUAAAACAGACUCUUGGCUACAAUCCUCACUAUACAUCAGAACCCACCGAGGCGUGUUUGUUUGUAGUGCUAGUAGGUGAAACUUUAGCAGUUUCAAGUACUAAUAUUAGUCAGCAACCUAUAUCAACUGAAGCAUUGCACAAAUUACCAUUCUGGGGUGGUGACGGCCGUAACCACAUCCUUCUAAACCUGGCGCGCAGUGGGAGCACUGGACGGCGAGACUUAGCCACUGGAAGUCAGGACGCUUUCAAGGGUGUUGAUACUGGACGAGCUAUUAUUGUGCAGUCAACAUUUUUAAGGUCCAGAUUUCGACACAAUUUUGAUGUGAUAGCUCCUCCUGUGCUGGGACCGCCUGGAGGAGAUGUGUGGCAAGAUUGUCCACGGAUGGUGCCAGCUCGCAGAAAAAUUCUGAUUUCAUUUCAAGGUGAAUUGAGGAAGCUGUCAAACAGAACUGUAAAAGAAAUAAGCAGUACAGCAUAUCUUGAUGAUCUGGAUGGUAAUGUGGAUAGUUAUCACAAGACUGAGCAUAAUAAAAAGCGUGACAGUUAUUAUACACAGGACAUUGACACAUUUAUUGUAGAGCAUCUCAAGAGAAUGGAGAGGGGUUCCACAUCAGACAAGUUUCUGUUUCAGUUUGAGUGUUUGCUUUCACCAAUGAGAGGAAGGACAGGUGCAGGGGAUAUUUUAGGGGAGUGGAGACUCUGUGGAACAGAAUCAUCACGAUUAAGUGUGCUCAAGGAAUCUACAUUUGUGUUGAUUAUAGCACCAGUGGGUGGAGAAGUAUUGUCAACAGCACCAAUGCAACUACGUAUUUAUGAAGCUCUUAAGGCUGGUGCUGUGCCUGUUGUUCUGGGCGGAGAUCAGGCACUCCUUCCUUUUGAUGAGGUUAUUGACUGGAGGAAAGCUGCAAUUCUGCUUCCAAAAGCACGUGUCACAGAACUUCAUUUCCUGAUACGUGCUGUGGGUGAUCCAGAUUUGUUGGCUAUGCGUCGCCAAGGCCGUAUGUUGUGGGAACGCUAUUUGUCAUCUGUGCAAGCAACAGUGGACACAGUGAUUGCACUGUUGCGGACAAGAUUAGGAAUUCCUCCAGUGCCAGUACUGGAAGAACCAUCACCUAGUGUGUUCAAUGCUUCUUUCAUUCCGCUGAAGACUGACGCCAUCGUUGCAGAGGCUGAGCCAGAGGAGAGCCUGGGACCAAUUGAACCUCCGUACGCUUCACCAAAAUUUAAACGAAAUUUCACCGUACUUCUUACUCAGGGACAUGAGUUGUGGAAUGACUGGGGAGAUCCAUUUCGGCUCUAUCCACAGCUACCUUUUGAUACUGUCCUUCCAUCAGAUGCUAAAUUCUUAGGAUCUGGUGUUGGCUUCCGUCCUAUUGGUAAGGGAGUUGGAGGUGCAGGAAAAGAAUUCUCUGAAAGCUUAGGUGGAAAUGUACCAAGAGAGCAGUUUACAAUUGUGAUGCUGACAUAUGAAAGGGAACAGGUGCUUAUCAACUCCCUCAGUAGACUUUAUGGCUUACCAUAUCUUCAUAAGGUGGUGGUUGUUUGGAAUUCUCCAAAGCCACCGUUGGAAGACUUACGCUGGCCUGAUAUUGGUGUUCCUGUUCAUGUAGUGAAAGCAAGCCGCAACAGUUUGAACAACCGUUUUCUUCCAUAUGACGCAAUUGAAACAGAGGCUGUGCUCUCUGUUGAUGAUGAUGCACAUUUACGUCAUGAUGAAAUUAUGUUUGGCUUUAGAGUGUGGCGGGAACAAAGGGAUCGUGUUGUCGGUUUUCCUGGACGUUACCAUGCAUGGGACCUGAACCAUAGUGGAUGGCUGUACAAUUCCAACUACUCCUGUGAACUCUCUAUGGUUUUGACUGGUGCUGCAUUUUUUCACAAAUACUACACGUACCUUUACACAUAUUGGCUUCCUCAAGCAAUAAGAGACAAAGUGGAUGAAUAUAUGAAUUGUGAGGAUAUUGCUAUGAAUUUUCUAGUUUCCCAUAUUACUAGAAAGCCUCCUGUAAAAGUGACUUCCCGCUGGACUUUCCGCUGCCCUGGAUGUCCUGUCUCACUUUCUGAGGAUGAUACUCAUUUCCAAGAGAGACAUAAAUGUAUUAAUUUUUUCACAGAGGUAUUUGGUUAUAUGCCGCUCCUGAAUACACAAUUUAGGGCUGAUUCAAUUUUGUUUAAGACAAGAAUUCCUCAUGAUAAACAGAAAUGCUUCAAAUUUAUUUGAAAUCCAAGUUGCGCUUGUACCAAGAAACAUUCACAUGCAGUGAGUGUGUACUUUGAGGUAACAACUGAUAUAUUUUUGUGUCAUCUGCAGCUAUGAGAAGAAAUAUGCAGGAAGAAAUAUGCUGUAAAGAAAUGCACCAUUUAUGAUCACAGCAAUGGCUGUGGCUUCAUAAGUUCAAAAGAGAAUAACUUGACUUUAAAUAGUAAAGAUUCUUCCUGAAACAAUAAAACGGUUAACAAAAUGCAUUGUGCUUCGUGGCCAGUGAAAUUGAAGGCAUAAGUACUAGUCAUCAGUGACUCUACAUUGGUGCACACAGUCGUUCAGUUCUUGUGUUUUUACUUUGUUAAUAUACCACAGUUGUUUGUAUAAAAGUACCACUUUGCUGCACAUCCUGCAUCCAUACCCAUAACCUGUCCUUUAGCAUCCUUGUACAGUCACAGUACUGUUUGCAUUUAAGAAGACAGUCUUUCACAGUUAUUUCCGAUAUAUGUGUGUGAUAUUAGUAUAAGGGUAUAAAGAUGAAGCAGCAUUGCACUUUUAUUUUUAAUAGUUGUUGAAGCAGCUGGUA